AUGUUCGAAGGAGACGGAAAUCAACUGGCAGUAUUUGCCCACAUCCACAACGCGGGAGAAAUACUCCUCGAUGCUGUUCACGCAAAAACCUUCAACGACCAUAUCUCUUGGGACCCGCGUUGGUCAGAUGAUAUAGUCGAUGGCCUUACGAUCGCACGGGCCUUUCUUGAGAGCAGCGAUCAGGAGUCAGCGCCUAUGGACUUGGAUAGUGAUACAGAGGUUACCUCUUUCGACAGUGAUCAUGAUGGUGAAGAUGAUACAUUCCCUGUUCACCCCAAGCACAUUUUGAAUUGUCUGCUCAUGUCUCCGGUUGAUUUAUGCCACAACCCAGGCGCCGCGCCAAUAUCUUCGCAAGUUCCUCCUCCCGCAGAUACCCUAUACCUUACGAAGGCGGAUGGUGGCCAGAACCUGCGUCCCAGGCCGGUGGAAGGUGGAACGCCAUGGAGACAGCUGGCUCGCGUAAAUUCUGCUCCACUCGACACAUGGAAAAUUUAUCUUGGGGAUAUUGUCACAGUCUGUAUCGAGAAAGAGAGAGAGAAUUAUGCCAAAAUAUCCGAGAUAAGACGCCUGGAGGAUGGGCGUUAUAUGGUCGUGUAUACGUGGCUGUAUGCGCGCGAAGAAGUCCAGGCGGAAUUUGAGACAGACGGUGUCAUGCCAGACCUCCUCCGUAAGAACUUGGAUCAGCGAUGGCCGGCCGAUGCCACGUUCCAGUAUAUGCUAAGUACCAACCGUACCAUCACGCUCUGGGACACUGCGAUUUCACGAGCUCCAAAGCACGUGGUUGAUUUACUAUGCCACAGUUCUAUUUAUAAUACCACGCACACCGCUCGUUAUAUCUGGAGCUUGAACAGUCCUCGAUUUAAAUGGAUGAAACAGAUCCAUGACUUGGGUGCCUAUAACACUGUUUGA